AUGGCCACCAAAGAAUUCAAGACCUAUGCGACGAUCCAUUCGGGCUCGUACAUCCUCAUCGUCCUCAUCGCCGUCAGCGAGAUAUUUGCGUCGAUCACUGGGCUCAAGUAUGCCUUCACCAAGGCUUCCAAGAACAUGCGCUCGCUCGUCAUGUUCAUCUUCCUCCUCAUGACCGCGCUGUUGUCUGCCAUUGGCGAGGCCUUCGUCUCGCUCUCUGCUGACCCGCUCUUGGUCUGGAACCACGGUGUCAUGGACAUCCUUGCGUUCUUGACUGGCCUUGCGGGUACUCUGUCAGUGACCGGAGAGCAUACAGGUGCUUAA